AUGGCAGGGCGAAGCAAACACACAUGGACUACUGAAGAGGAUACAAAGUUGAUUGAAGCAUUGUUGGAGUUACAUGUAUCCGGAAAGUAUGGUGGUGCUGACAACGGAUUCAAACCCGGUUAUUUGAAGGCAGUGCAACAAUUACUGGAUAGUCAUAAAGGUGCUGCAUGUUUUCGCGAUAAACCAUUUCCCCAAUUUGAUAACCUGUGUAAAAUAUUUGGUAAGGAUAGAGCUACUAGUAAUGGAGCUACUGGUCUUGGAGAAGAAGAUGUGACUGAAGAGACACAAAGAAACUCACUUGUUGAUGUAGAAGGGUUGGAAGAUAUUGUUGAAGAGACACAACAAAUUGCUCGUGUCAAUAGUAAAUGCAAACGGCCUCCAACAGAUGACGCCGAAAGCUCUUAUAAGGAAGCAGCGAAAGAAAUGAAAGUGACUUUCAAGGAGGUUGGUGAGAAACUUAUUGAAACAAUAUACAAUAUAGGAAAGCAAGAAAACAAGGAAGCAUGUGAUAUAAUAGAUAAAGUUGUUGAAGAUAUACAACGCAUGCCAAAUAUUAAUGUCAUACAGCGAAUUAAGGCGAUUGACAUAUUUAGCAAAGAUCAAUUUCGCGCCCGAGCGUUUUUUAAGAUGACAGAAGAAGAAAAGAUUUGUUACAUGGAAAUGAUUGCGGAUGGUUCAAUAUCAUGA